UCCUUACCCGCCACAAGGGGCGCUGUGUGUAUUUCAGAGAGAGCGGCGCAUCCUCCGGAAGCUACUUUUUUCGAGCACGCGGUGUGUCCGGCCUUUCCAACGGAGCGGCGACGAGGAACAUGGCCAAAAUUAAGGCAAGAGAUCUGCGGGGCAAGAAGAAGGAAGAGCUGCUGAAACAGCUGGACGAUCUGAAGAAUGAACUGUCCCAGCUGCGUGUGGCCAAAGUGACCGGAGGAGCCGCUUCCAAGCUCUCCAAAAUUCGCGUUGUGCGUAAAUCCAUUGCCAGAGUCCUGACUGUCAUCAACCAAACACAGAAGGAGAACCUGAGGAAAUUCUAUAAGGGCAAGAAGUACAAACCUCUGGAUCUGAGACCCAGGAAGACCAGAGCGCUGCGCCGCCGGCUCAACAAGCAUGAGGAGGGUCUGCGCACGAAGAAGCAGCAGAGGAAAGAUCUCCUCUACUCAAUGCGCAAAUUUGCAGUCAAAGCCUAACGGCUCUUCCUGUUGACAAUAAAGGCCGUUUUGAAAAGUGG